AUAGAAGAUCGUAUUGUUGGUACUGCCUCUAGAGACUUUGGUACCUUGAUCCAGCAAAGCCAUGAUAUUGAGAAUGUUUGCAUAAAGAACAGGAAGAGGAAGACGGGAGAGCUUGAGGUGAAGGGAGCUGGUAGCUUCAUUUCCUGGAGAGACAUGAAUUUUGGAGGAAAAGGCAAAGGGAAGCAGUUAUCUGCUAGGCAGGCGCUGAACCAGUUCAAGUGGACUUCGACUCAGGGAAGUGCAGUUAGACAUUCCACUAUUCCCAGGUGUACUGGAUGUGGGAGAUCACAUGUUGGGCCGUGUGCCACCGACCAAAUCAUUUGUUUUCAUUGUGGCAAGGAGGGCCACUAUGCCAGAGAUUGUCCUUCAUCAGCUGCUAGAGCUGCAAUAGUUCAGGCGGUUCCUUUACAGAUGAUUCCUACUCCACCUACAGCGGCACCUGUCGUGUCACCAGCCAUGGGCCGAGUUUACACCUUGGAUCGGCAGCAGUCGGACAGAGCUCCGAACCUUGUAAGAGGUACCAUUUCCAUUGGUGGUUGUGAUAUUGAUGUAUUGUUUGAUUCUGGACUGUGCACUCUUUCAUCGUGA